AUGAGUGCUAUGGCAAAACACUGGUACUUUCUUCUACUCUUCGUACUUUUAUCUGUAGAAGUCGAAGGUAAACCGGCGGCAACUAAAGUCAACAUCAAUCGGGAAAUAAAUCGUCUAUUGAACAUUACGGAUAUGGAAAAGAAAUUCGACAGUCUCUUACAAUCAUUGGUUGUCAACGAUCCCACUUUAUCCGCAUUCAAAAGUGAAAUCAUGAAGUUCAUCAAUACAUUUUUCUCGUUCAAAUCCUUACGUCCGCAAAUUGUUGAAAUCUAUCGUGAUCUGUAUACAAGUUCGGACAUUACCGGCUUGAUAAAAUUCUAUUCCUCGUCAUUGGGAAAGAAAUUUCUGGAAAAAGAAACCGAAGCCGCCGUUCGUUUCAAUCAAUUAGUGCAAAAGAAACUGCAAGCUCAAAUGCCGCAGAUUAUGAAUUGGUUCCAGCAGAUGUUCUACAGAAACUUAGCCAAUAACCAAACGACGUACGGAAACUAA